UAAUAUAUAAAAUAAUUAAUCAUGUCUUCAGAUUAUGUAUAUAUUCCCAAUCUCAUUUUAGUCAACCGUAAAAGAAGUCAUUCUCUCAAUGUUGGCAAGUCCCAUAUGGUAAAAUCAAUACAAUUCCUUUGUUGAUGAAUAUUGCAUCUAUUUCGAUGAUGAUGAAGAAAAUUCCAUCCAACAAAAUAAUAUCUUCAAGCAAUUUCAAACUGAAAUGGCAGCUGUCUAUGACUCCUUUUUCAAUUCUCUGGGCUUAGACAAUUCAGAUGAUUUGCAAAUGCAAGUAAAUAAUGUAAUCCUCCUUAUACAGGUUAUCAAGGAAAUACUUAAUAGUGAUGAAGAAGAAGAAAUUGAUGUCUAAUAAUUGCUAGCCUUGGGAGACUUUCAAGUUUUCAAAGCAGAAAUGUCCUAUUAGAAUAAACGAAGAGAAAUAGCAGCCUAUUAAUAAUUAGUAGAUGAUGCCGAAGAUGAAGAUGAUGAUGAGGAUGAAGAAGUAGAAGAUCCUGUUGCAGAAUAAGCUAAAAAAAUGCUUAUUUUGAAAAUCAAAUUGGAGUAUGAAUAACUUCAAGAUGUACUUGAAUUAAAGUAAGCUAUGCAAAUCUCUUUUGAUAAUCCAAGUAUAUCUAUUUAUUAUUACUGUUAGAUUAAUUGAAAUUAGAUUAAAUUUAAUAAAUACUCGAGGUAGUUUAGGCUAGGUUAUAAAUUCUCGAAAAAGAAGAAGUAGGAAUGCAAUAAAAAUAAUAAAUGAUGUAAAAUAAUGAUAGAAAAAAUAAAUUACUUGCUUAACUUAACAACCUUCCAUUAAUUGAUUUAGAGAAAGAGCAAGAAAUAUUUACAAAAAUCAAAGUAGAUGUUAGUAGAAUCUGA